UAUCCUUAUGCACAGCUCUUAUCUCUCUCUCCCUCUAGCCUGUUCAUUCGUUCAUCUACUUCUCUAACUCUCAUCGCCGAUUUUCCAUAACAUGGUCAUCGCCCAUGAUCGUUUUUGCCUCUUGAAAAUAGAUGGGUUUAUGUCCUCCUCCAAACAAAUCACACCAAAAUUGGGUUUAGAUCUGCCGAUUUCGAUUUUUUUUUUAAUUGAAGCCUUACAUGAAUUUUCAUUUGUUUUUAAUAAUUUAUCUUGCUCCCAUGAUCAUUUUCCAGGUUGUUUUGGUAUAGAUCUGGGGAAGAUUCUGACCUCAUACUUGUGGCAUUGGAGCUUCAGCAAGGUUGCACAGGUAACCAUGGUUGAAGCUAAGUGCGUCAAAAGUUUACGUGUUGUAUUUAAAGAGGAUUUUGUGAUUAUUGUUGUCACCAAUCCCACCAAUCCAGACUGCAAUCCACCAAAUCAGAGGUGCAUCAUUAUAGAAAUUUUACAGUUACACAGUCUUUCUCAACAGGUUGUAUAGGUAGUUUACGUAUUAAAUUAGAAAGUUAUGGUUAUUUAGAUAGAUUUGGACUCUAGUGUUCUG